AUGAAGGGCUUGUUCUCAUAUGCCAGCUUGCUCCUCGCGGGCGUCCUUACGAGGGCGUAUGUGGAGCGCGCCGCUGGGCCAUUCCUCGCCCAGGUCGACAACGAGACGUGGGUCAUCGGCAACGAGCUGUGGAACCUGACGCAACAGCGGACCUAUGGCGUGAAGCUGUUCUAUAAGGAGCGCGACCUUGUUGGCGAUGCCGUCGGCCACUACGUGUCAUAUAAUGGUGCGGCGUCCAACCUCAACUGGACAUCCGCCUCCAUCGCCUCAUCCGGAACGGAUGAGGCCGGCCCAUGGAUCGAUGUCUCCUUCAGCGCCAUCGAGGGAGACAUGCACUGGGUGAUCCACACGGGACUGGCAGGAGCAUAUCAGUACUUCGUGAACCGGGCUGUGCCUGUCCUCGGCGAAUUCCGCACGCUCUGGCGGCUCGACAACACGACCUUCCCGCGGGGGCGCACCAGCCGGCGCGACGAGCCCUUACCGCCGCUGUCCGACUACCGGCCCGAGCUCAAGGUGCAGGACGAGACGUGGCUGCGGCCGGACGGGAGCGGUUAUAUCACCAAGUACGACUUCUCAGCGUUCGUGCGCGAGCAGACGGCGUACGGGGUGUACGGCGAGGGCUUUGGCAGCUGGUAUAUCAACCCGGGAAAGGACUACUACAACGGGAACCACCUCAAGCAGGAGCUCAUGGUGCACCGCGAGAGCGCGACGGGCGACGCGGUCCAGCUCAACAUGAUCCAUGGUACCCACUUCCAGGUCAGCAGCUCCGACGCUUUCCCCGUGGGUAAGAUCUGGGGCCCCUGGCUGUGGUACCUGAACGACGGGUCCGCCGAGGACGCCGAGGCCCGAGCGCAGGACGAGUUCGCCGCGUGGCCGUAUACCUGGUUCGAGGACGAUGCCUACCAGAGCCGCGGCACCGUCAGCGGGAGGCUGGUGCUCUCAGACGGGCGGCCCGCCGCUCACGCAGCCGUGUUUCUGGGCGACAACUCACCCAACAAGACGGCUCUUGAUAUGGGCAGUAAUUAUUAUUAUACCGGGUACGCGGAUGCCGACGGCAACUUUGCGUUCUCUGACGUGCGCGCUGCUACAUACGGUCUGCAAGCAUGGUCAAAUGGCAGCGCCAUCGCGGGCGUGACGACGUCGCUCCUGCAAAACGACGUCACGGUCGCCGCCGACGAGGAGACAGACCUCGGCGAGGUGGAGUGGACCGUCUCGGACCGCGCCAUCCUCUUCCAGGUGGGCGACUUCGACCGGUAUGCAUACGGUUUCAAAAACGGCGGCGCGCCGCACCAGCACGCGCUCGUCGCCUCGUGCCCGGCCAGCCUCACGUACACAGUCGGGUCCUCGCAGCCGGAGGACUGGUGCUUCGGGCAAUCGUGGCUCGGCAACUGGACCAUCCGUUUCGAGGUCCCGGCCAACGCCAGCGCGUCGGCCGACGGGUCUGGCCAGGCGACGCUGAUCGUCUCCCUCGCAGGGUAUAGUACUGGAACCAGCUCCAAUAUCUACGCCAACGACGAGGUCAUCGGCAAUUUGACGAGCGGGACUCCGCAGCUGCUGAACGAUCCGGGUCUGUACCGGUCCGCCACGGUGGCCGGCGAGUGGAGAUAUUUCGAAAAAGUUGAUGGACAGAUCCUCACAAAUACAGCGUACCAGAAGCGAAUGAAGGAAACAAUGGCGGCCAAGACGAUCAUUGUGACGGGUGCUGGCCGAGGAAUCGGUCUAGCAAUAUCCCAGUACCUUUUGCAGAACUCGCACAAGGUGGUGCUGGUGGCACGAACAGAAACCGAGCUUGAAGCUCUCAAGAAGCAGUACCCGGCUCAAGUCGAAUACUUGGCUGCCGAUUUGACGAAGCUUGAGAAUGCUACGAAGGUCACAGACCUUGCUGUGAAACUCGGUGGGAAGGUUGACGGGAUCGUCAUCAACCACGGAGCACUUGAGCCCAUCAAGCUCAUUGCGGACUCCGCCGUGGACGAGUGGAAGACCAUGUAUGACAUCAACUUCUUCAGCCCUCUUGCCUUGGUCCAGGCCGUCAUCCCACAGCUGCGGCAGACCAAGGGCCGCAUCAUCGUCACCUCCUCGGGCGCCGCAACAAAGGGCUACAAGGCUUGGGGCCCGUACGGGUCCUCCAAGGCUGCCCUGCACUCUCUUGUCCAGCACUUGGCCGUCGAAGAGAAGGACAUUGUUUCCGUCUCCCUCAGCCCGGGAAGGACAGACACAGGCAUGCAGAAGCUCUUGCGUGAGCAAGGCAAGGGAUUCAUGGACGACAAAGACCACGCCAGCUUCGUGUCCGCGUUUGAAGAGGGCAAGCUGAACCCACCCGAGGGCCCUGGGAACGUGAUCGCCAAGCUUGCGCUGGAUGGCACGCUCGACUUGAGCGGCAAGUUUCUGCAGUGA